CGGAGUUUCUGGUACCAAAGGUAACCAGGGCAUAGCAGGAGCUGAUGGCCUGCCGGGAGACAAAGGAGAACUGGGUCCUUUCGGCCCCCCUGGGCAAAAGGGAGAGUCUGGAAUAAGGGGAGAGAUGGGUCCCAAAGGAGUUCAAGGCCCCAACGGGACCUCUGGUGUGCCAGGAAUUCCAGGACAUCCAGGCAAGAUGGGUUUGCAAGGAGAACAAGGGGUGCCUGGGAUCACCGGAAAACCUGGUCCUCCAGGAAAAGAAGCUAGCGAACAGCACAUAAGGGAACUCUGUGGUGGAAUGAUCAGCGAGCAAAUUGCCCAGUUAGCUGCUAAUUUGAGAAAGCCCUUGGCUCCUGGACUCACAGGGCGGCCAGGGCCUGCUGGUCCCCCGGGACCCCCCGGGGCAACAGGAAGUGUUGGGCAUCCUGGGGCUCGUGGUCCACCUGGGUACAGAGGGCCACCAGGUGAUUUGGGAGACCCCGGUCCUCGAGGUGAUCUUGGUGAGAGAGGAGAUAAAGGUGCCAUCGGUAAAGGUAUAGAUGGACCCGAUGGGGAUCAAGGACCUCAAGGACCACCAGGUGUGCCCGGAACGAGUAAAGACGGUCGGGAUGGUGCUCCAGGUGAACCUGGAUUGCCAGGUGACCCUGGAAGGCCAGGUGCAAUUGGGGUUCAGGGAACUCCAGGAGUCUGUGAUACAUCUGCCUGCAUGGGAGCUGUUGGUAGUGGAGGAAAAUCCAAAAAGUCAUAAAGCUGCAUUUUUUAAAAAGUGGGAAAAGCGAACUGAAUAUUUAAGUGAAUAAUUGAUAACACGAAGACAGCAAUCUCCUCCUUGUGAAAAUGGCAAGAUGGUUCUCCAGCACAAAUGAAUACAAUGGAGUCUUUGAUGCUAUAAUUUAAUCUUGUGAAACAGGAAAACAUCAGAUGGAAACUUACCUGUAGUAUGUCCUCUUCCUGCCCAGUUUUCCCUACAGUCUCAGUUGCCCCAUGAAGAGUCACCUUGUUGUUCCUCAACUAUGCCAUCUUGUUCCUUUCCCUUUAACAUCAUCUCCUUAUCUAGGCUACAUUUUAUGGUGAUAUUUGUUACCCUUUGAUCCUGCACUAAUAGAUGUUAAUGGAAAACUCUGAUCUAAUGGUCCACUAGUGCCCCUGGUGCUGUGCAAAUAUAGCCCAAGUCAAGCACUAUGUGCAUAAUCCCCGACAAGUGACCAGUAAUGUCACUGAUUGUUUGGUCCAGGCAUGAGCAGGCAACCCCCGGUAUGCGUGCUGACAGUGGCACACCACAUCAUUUUCCUUGGCACCCAGGACCAGGUCUCCACCCAAGUAACUGAGGCCCUGGCAGUGGUGCUGGAGCCAGUGGUGCCAGAGAAGGCAACAGGCAUGGCUGAUGCCCAUCCUUGCCUUACAGACCUGCAUAGCCAUCUGCUGAGCACAAAUCAAAUCCCCAAAAUGCUCACAGCACAACUGGGUCUUGAUUUGCAGCAAGCACAUCUGGUCAAGAACAACCAAGGCUUGUUUUGUGGUGGUACUCACCAGGACUGAGUACCAACACCUUUGGUGGCUUUCACAAAUCCUGAGGGGGAAAUUGGUGGAAAUCAGUGCAACCAGCUGGAUCAGAGUAAACAAAUGUAAAAGUCAUGAAUUAAAUAAAAGUCAUGUGAGUAUAACUGUUUCCCCUGAAUGUUUAUACUCUGGGCACAAUCCAAAGGUAUAUUCUUUGACACCAAAUACCAGGGCUUUUUUUCAGCUGGAAUGCGGUGGAACGGAGUUCUG